GACUGGCCAGUGGCCGCGGUCUGUGGAUGAAUGGGAGGUCUGGCUCUGGUGGGGACACCGACUCACACUCUCUCGGUUCACACAUACACACACCUGUGCUGUGACUGGCCUGGCGUGUCAGCUCAGUGUACGGUAUAGGUUCGAGCCCUCGCCCUCGCCUGGUACUCGCCCCGAUCCUACGCUCCAGCACUCCUCAGACCUCGUCAACACUUCACGUCCGACUUAGAUGGUGUUGAAGAUGAGAUAGUGGAGCGGAGGCAGCGAGGCUAUCAGGCUGUAGUUGACUGCACAGGGCAGACCGACCCUAACCGAGCACCAACAUCACUGGCGACAGACCGGAAACAUGGCGCAGGUGAUGAUCAACGACAAGGCCCACCAGGGUGUGUUCAAGACCAAGUCCAAGAAGGAGAAGAGUGACUGUUUGAACCUGCGGAAGACCCUGCUCGGCACCAGUCCUCGACUGGUCAUCCUUAAGUCGGCCGAAGAUUUGUGUAUAAAAGGAUUCGAUAUUAGUGUUAAGAAACAUAAACAAGGUGACAGAGUGGUCGAGCCCAAAGUGAGCGAAAGAUUACUUGUCAGUGAAAAAGACAAGAGUGCAGCCCUAGAGCAUAGCAGUGCCGAAUCUCAGCCGCAACCUCAGAAACCCGCCGCUUCUUUUUGCUGCCUAUACUUCGCAUUGGUGAUGAGCUUGCUGUUUGCAGUCAUCUCUGUCAUGUCCUUCGUCUGGACCCCUUAUGACCUACUUAUGAAUGAACGAUUGAAGAUGGUCCGAGGUCUGCCAGCAUAUGAGUGGUGGGCCAACCCCCCAGAUGAGGUCUUGCUUAGGGUCUAUUUGUUCAACAUUACCAAUGCUGAAGAGUUUCUUCAAGAUCCAAAUAUCAAACUGCAGAUGGAAGAGGUUGGACCAUAUAUUUUCAGAGAGAAACUGCGGCACACAGACGUCAAGUUCAAUGAAAACGGAACUAUGACGUAUACUGCUCAUCGCACUGCAAUAUUCCUUCCCGAACUGAACCACCUAUCUCUGAAUGCAUCACUAACUCUACCAAAUUUAGCAGUCCUGGGAAUGUCCUCGUACCUGUGGGAUGCAUCGUUCUUCACGAAGCUAGGGUUCAACCUGCUGCAGAACCGCUUAGACUCCCAGCCUCUCAUGAAUACCACCGUCUACAACUACUUCUGGAACCUGUCCGACCCACUGCUCAAAGUUGCUCAUCAGAUGGUUCCUUCUAUCGUCCCCGUCCAGAACAUGGGCAUCCUUCACCAAAUCUAUAACGAUUUCGUGGAUGAAGUGACUGUGUACAUGGGUCCAGAGAAUGGAUAUCGUUUCUUCACAGUCAACCAGUUCCACGGUAGUCCAAGGUUCGGCUACUGGGAUAAUGAGACGUGUGACUCGGUUCAGGGGGCAACGGAAGGAGUCACCUACCACCAGUCCAUAGCUAAAACAGACACACUCAAGUACCUGCGCAAGACUAUAUGUCGAGUCACUCCUCUUCACUUUGACCGUGAGCUACUCAAGAUGGGGAUGAAAGCAUACAGGUUUGAGCUGCCAUCAGACAUUUUCUCCCGGCCUUCUGACAACGCCACAGAGGAGUGCUUUCUGAGUCCAGGACUGCCCAGCCUGCCAUCAGGACUCACUGAUGUAUCUCCUUGUUACUACAAUUUUCCUAUUGCAGCAUCGUUUCCUCACUUUCUCAAUGCAGAACGUUCAGUGCUGGAAAGUAUCGAUGGACUCACACCAAGCAAAGAGAAGCAUGGCUCCUUUGUCAUUGUUGAACCUAACACUGGAGUGCCGAUGGAGAGCAGAGCUCGCAGUCAGUCCAACCUAGUGGUACGCCACGUCUCUUCCUUCCCUAGAGUCAAGCGAUUCAGCAACACAAUCAUUCCCAUGUUCUGGGCAGAAUAUAACCAAGUGGGGUUGCCAUGGUACAUAAAAUCCUUGAUGUACAUCAGCGUCAACAUCCUUCCAGUGACCCAGACAUAUUUCUCCUUCAUCUUCACGGCCCUCAGUUGUCUACUGGUGGUGCGACUGGUCUUCCUCAUCGUCCAGAGGAUCCGGACAUCAUCUGGGCCACUGCACUCGUACAGUUCCCUGGAUCUCAUUCCACACACGGACUCCCCCGCUUCCAAGUGCUAGCGACCACUCAUCUCCGCUACUCGCUCCACUCGAUACCACAUCAUACAACCCUUGGUUCCUAUCUGACACUUAGGCGAGCGUGUUAAGACUGUGGCUGUGAGUGCAGGCUGGUGAGGUCUGGACUCUGCGCUCAAUGUUCCGCCGUGACCUGCACUUACUCCCGAGCUUUGUGAUAAUGACAUACCAUUUAUUGAACUAGAUUAGGUUAAGUUAGUCUAUUUUAACAAUUAUUUUUAGACAAUUCGGAUCCUUUCGGUUCAUUGUGUAAGAAAUGAGUCGACGUAUCAAUGAUUUGAUUGUAACACAUUGCAUGUAACUCAAACGAGAUGUCAAAUAUGUGUUUAUACUUAAGUUUGAAUAUUUUUAAAGUUACACUGUUUAUAUAAUUUAUAUUUUAUGUAUAUGGUAAAAGCUAUAAAAGUAAAUGAAUUAAGUUCCCAUUGUA